CAUCUUUCCAAGGUCCCCAUGCCCCAUCCCUACGAAACCCAACGCAUGGGUGAAAACGGCCCUCUCCUCCUCCAAGACUUCCAUCUAAUCGACCUCCUCUCACAUUUCGACCGUGAGCGGAUCCCAGAACGGGUCGUUCACGCCAAGGGCUCCGGAGCCCACGGGGUCUACAAGACUACCCACUCGCUCUCCGAUCUCUGUCUCGCCGACAUGUUCGAAGAAGGAAAGGAGUGCCCGAUCACCGUGCGCUUCUCGACCGUUGGUGGAGAAUCUGGCUCCCAUGACUGCGCCCGCGACCCCAGAGGUUUCUCAGUCAAAUUCAAGACGGACGAAGGAAAUUGGGAUCUAGUAGCAAACAACACACCCGUCUUCUUCUUGCGCGACCCCGCCAAAUUCCCACACUUCAUUCACACCCAGAAACGAGAUCCAUCCACUCACCUCACACACGCAGACGACUCGACAGCAUUCUGGGACUACCUCUCCCAAAACCCCGAGUCCGUCCACCAAGUCAUGAUCCUCAUGGGCGACCGCGGAAUCCCCGACGGCUUCCGCUUCAUGCACGGCUACCUCGGGCACACGGUCAAGCUGGUCAACAAGAAGGGCGAAUGGGUAUACUGUCAAUUCCACAUGAUCUCGCAGCAAGGCACGAAGUUCCUCACGCAAGAAGAGAGCACCACCAAGUCUCCGGACUAUGCCCAGAAAGACUUAUACAACGCCAUCGAGUCUGGCGACCUCCCCCAAUGGAGCCUGGAGGUGCAGACCAUGAGCGCCAGGGAAGCCGAAGAUCUCUGGGAAAAGCAGAAGAUCAACGUCUUCGACCUCACGCACGUGUGGCCGCACAAACAGUUCCCGCUCCGCAAAGUCGGCGAGCUCACACUGAACGAGAAUGCCAAAAACUACUUCGCGGAAAUCGAACAAGUGGCCUUCAACCCCGCGCACAUGGUUCCCGGCAUCGAGCCAUCCGCUGAUCCUGUCCUCCAGUCGCGACUGUUCAGCUACCCAGAUGCUCAUCGCCACCGAGUCGGCGUCAAUUACCAGCAACUACCCGUCAACGCCCCGCGCAUCAACUACCGGAUGGCGAAUUUCCAGAGAGACGGCAGCAUGGCGUUCUGCAACCAGGGAUCGCGGCCGAACUACAUCAGUUCCAUCGAGCCCAUCCGUUUCCGCGAGCGGACGGUGAACCUCGACCAAGUGCACGGAAACUUCGCCGGCGACGCCGUCACCUUCCUCUCCGAGAUCCGCGAGGAGGACUUCGCCGCCCCGCGCGCGCUGUGGGAGAAGGUGUUUGACGCGAAGGCCAAGGAACGCUUCGUCGGCAAUGUGUCCGGACACAUGGCGAACUGCAAGGACAAGGAGAUCAUCAGGCGGCAGAUCGCUAUCUUCAGAGAGGUUUCGGGGGACCUUGCUUCCAGGCUUGAGAAAGCGACGGGCGUUAAGGGGUACGAUGGGAUUGCGAAUUUGAGCUUCAAUGGUACACAUAAUGGGAUGGCGAAGGGAGGGAAAGCGCCGGCGAAUGGCAUGAAGAGCACGCGGGUUAGUCGGUGUGAGGGUAAUGGAGCGCCGGUGGGUGGGUGUCAUGGUAAGGUGGAUGGGGUAAAUGAACACGCGAAUGGAACGAACGGUGUAGCUGCCCAUUAGACUUCCUAUCUCCACAGAGAUUAUUGUAUAUAUACAUUGUAGCUUCAGACAAGAUUGCAAUAAGACUUCGCA